CAAUCUCCGGCGGAGCACAGUUAGCAUGAAUCGAUGUUGACAGGAGCAGUCCUCUCUGCAAAGACACCAGCGUGUAGUUUUCUUUCCUUCUCGGACUCUUGACGUGUGGAGAAUGUCCGGGUUUCAGGAUCUGACAGGCGUCCAGCAGCUGUUGGUGAUUAAAGAAGAGUUUCCCCCUCAGCAGCAUGAGAGGAGCUCCAGUCUGGACCAGGGGGACAAAGAGUUCCCCCACAUUAAAGAGGAACAGGAGGAACUGUGGAUCAGUCAGGAGGGAGAGCAGCUUCAAGGACUUGAGGACGCUGAUACCACCAAGUUUCCCUUCACUGUUAUCCAAGUGAAGAGUGAAGAAGAUGAUGAAGAAGAAUCUCAGUCCUCACAGCUUCAUGACAGACAGAGUGAACAGAUGGAAACAGGUACUGAUGGAGAGAACUGUGGAGGACCAGAACCAGCCAGGGACUCAGAUCCAGUGAAACAUUUACAGACCGAAACCAAGGUAGAGACUAAAGGCUCUUCUGAACCUGACACUGAUGACAGUGAUGACUGGAAGGAGACCAGAGGACAUCAUUCAGGUUUGAAAUCUGUGGACAGCAUCAAAGAUAAGAGACCAGAGACUGAUGAGAAACUACAUAGUUGCUCUGAGUGUGGUAAAACAUUCACAAUUAAACAAAACCUGAAGAGACACAUGAGAAUCCACACAGGAGAGAAACCCUACGGAUGCCUCACGUGUGGUAAACGGUUUCCUUGGGAUAAUCAGUUAAAAAGACACAAGUGUGGUAGAGUUCAUGGUUCAGAGCUCCAUCAAUACCAACCUGCAGAGAGAGGAGAGGCAGAAUCCAGGGCUGGUGGAGAGGACUGUGGAGGACCAGAUCCAGCCAGCACCACAGGUCCAGAGAGACAUUGUGGUGAUUUGGAGAAGAAAGCUGAAAAUGUGUCAGAUUUGAACUCUCUGGAAAACUGUAAAAAUAAGAGACAACCAAAAUCACACAGCUGCUCUUUCUGUUGUAAGUCUUUCAAAAACAAAUGGUAUCUCACCCAGCAUAUGAAAAACCACUCUGGAGAGAAACCAUACAGCUGCUCAGAGUGUGGUAAAAAAUUUGGACAUAAACAUCAUCUGAUCAGACACAAGAGGGAUCACACGGGGGAGAAACCCUUCAGUUGUUCUGAGUGUGGUCAAAGAUUUACAAGAAAUUCCACGCUAACAGGUCACAUGUCAAUUCACAGAGGGGAGAAACCGUACAGCUGCUCUGUGUGUGGGAAAAGAUUUCACAAAAAAGGGCAUCUGAUGACACAUACGCUCAUUCAUUCAGGAGAGAAACCGUUUGGCUGCUCUGAGUGUAGUAAAAGAUUUACCCACAAGUACUACCUGACACUUCACAUGGCACAUCACAGAGGAGAGAAACCCAUCAGCUGCAGCGUGUGUGAACAACAUUUCUCUUGGUAUUCACAGUUAAAAAAUCACAAAUGUUUCAACAGUCAGACUUCAGAGUUUCAUCAAAACCAAAGUGAGGACACAAGAGAGGCAGAAACUGCUGAUGUAGAGGACUGUCGAGGACCAGAGCCAGCCAGGGACCCAGAUCCAGAGAGACUGUUACAGCCAGAGACUGAGAUCAAGACUGAAAACCUUUCUGAGCCUGAGAUGGAAGAUGGCAAUGAAUGGAAGGAAACUAAAGAACAUCAGUCGGGCUUUAAGUUUCUGACAAAUUGUGACAUCUUCCAGAGUGCAGCAACAUUUAACUCUGACAGGAGAGAAGUUUUGUGCUCCGAGUCUGAUGAAACCACGUACAAUAACCACCUUCUGAAGAUCAGUUACAUAGAGUAGAAUAUGUCAGAGGAUGUGGAUUUGAGAAUAACUUCACUGAGAGACAAAUUCUGAGUUAACCUUCAGUCCUGAAAGGCGUGCGCAGAAGGGUAGGGCAGGAAACCAGACCCUCAGUUAUCAAAGAGGAACAGGAGGACUGAACUAGUUGGAUUAAUUUAAUCAAGUUCCCACUCACUCCUGUGCCUGUGGGGAGUGAAUAUGAUGAAUAGCUACAUCAGUUACAGUUUCAUCAGGGGCAAACUGGAAAAAGGAGCUGAAAGAGAAAACUGUUGAGGACCAGAACCAGCCAGGAACUCAGAUCCAGAGAUACACUGAGGGGAAGUCUGAAACUGCGGACAGUCAUUUUUUGAAGGAGAGAAGAAAACACCCAACUUGUUUUACCCCUGUAGUAAACAUUGAAGACAGCUGACCAAAGCAGGAUAAUGGGGUGUUAACAUUUAACAACAAUAAAAUCAUUUGCGUGAGUGAA